CAAUGUCGCAGGCAACAUUCCAUGCCCCAAGGAGAAAGAGAAAGGUCUACGAAUGCUACGAAUCUCCUUUCCCCAUCCCGUUAUCUCAUGAUAAUCACGGAACAGAUUUCAGAGUCUGCCGGGCUGAGAUCAUUAAUAAUUUCAUCGUUGUGAAAACCCUGGAUGAUAUACUGCUGCUAUAUGGAAAGGGCUAUUUUGGGAAGGGGAUUUUGUCGAGAAGUAGACCUGAAUAUAACAUUGGACAGGGUGAGCUGAGGGGCCGGUGGAAAGGCCUGGCUCCUUCCAAAAGGAAACUACCAAUCAUUUCAUCAAAAAAAUACCAGCUUCAUGUGGAGUGGGCCAGAAGCCUUUUGGAAGGGCAAGGAAUGGACAGAAGUUCUACUGACAAGAUUCUUGGAGAUUAUUGCUCCCCUUUUGAUUUUCCAGAGGAUAAGGAUGACACGCUGGAUUCUGUGGACUGCAAAGCUCAAAAAGAACUUAGUUCUACAGAUUCAUCAUUUCCCGCAGACGACAGCACUGAGGUUUUGGAAGGAAACCCCGUUUUUGAUCCUUUAGCAAAGUAUGGUUCGGAGGAGCUGGAGACCCAGGAACCGUGCAUUGUACCAGAUAGAGAAGUUCUGGAGAAGAUGCAUUGUCAUAGACAUGAUGACCUGAUUGUACAUUGUGGUUGUAAGCCAGAAAAGCAGACUGCUCGCAAUAAUGCUGCGGAGAAAAGUGUAAUCGAAAGGGAAGAACAUGAAUAUGUCUUGGUGGAAGAGGAGCAAGACAACGUUGGUUUAAAGGAUGAAGAUGUGCAGGAGGACAAAAAUGAAAAAUUCAAGCUUGUUUGCCGGAGAAAUCCAUUCCAAAUGUUUGAGUAUUUACAGCUCAGCCGGGAAGAGGCUUUCUUCUUAGUGUAUGGCUUGGGAUGUCUAUCAGUGUCAUACAAAAAGGAACCUCUAACGAUCCAGAAACUCUGGAAAGUUUUCUGUGCAGCACAACAGAACUUCCCGACAAGUUACAUGGCAUACCACCACUUCCGAAGCAAAGGCUGGGUGCCCAAAGUGGGACUGAAAUAUGGGACUGACCUGUUGUUAUAUCGUAAAGGUCCACCGUUCUACCACGCAAGCUAUUCUGUAAUUGUGGAACUUGCUAAUGCCAAUUAUGAAGGUUCUCCUCUGCGACCUUUGACCUGGAGGUCUUUAUCUGGCCUUAACAGGACAACAAUGAAUGUGUCCAAGGAACUGCUGAUCUGUUAUUUAAUCCAACCUGAGGAUAUUACAGAAAAGGACAUGAAGUCUCCAGAAUGCAUAAAAAAGUUUACAGUUCAGGAAGUCAUUGUUAGCCGGUGGAUCUCAUCACAGGAGCGAAUGGAGCAUGAAGAGUUGUAGAACAGUUGAAA